CAAAACACAAUUGAUUUACAGUACCUUCGCAUUUGCAUUUGCAAAUCCAAACAACGCAUCGCUUCACCUCCACGCGUCAAUACCUGCAUGUGCCAGCGCCCUCCAUUCAACAGCAUCACAUAACCCUACGGAGAGGGGGCGGAGGGGCCUGGAAUAUCUUUUAAUUAGGGUUUUCCCAAUGGAGGGUUUUAAUCUAUCGAACCCUAAAUUCGAUUCUUUUGGGGGAUCGAACUCUAACAUUUGUUUUUGCCGAGAAUUGAAUAUGACAAAGAACCAUUUCUGAGGGGCUUUAAAAAAAAACUUACCUUAAUAUCUAUCUAUCUAUCUAUAUAUAUAUAUUCCAUUCGUAAAUAUGCGAGGCGUACGCAAAUCCAAAAGAGUUACUUGGGCACCGGAUCUUAGCCUCUUUCAGAUAAGGCUGUUUUUAUCAGAGGAAUCACCUUCACAAGUCGGGUCGGGUGCUCAAGAUCACCUCCAAGCAAAAACCUUUUCGGUAUCCCAUUUAUAUGGGGCAGCCGUGGAUGACUUUCUGCCUCCUGGCUUUGAAGGAGCUUCUUCAACAAAUCAUUUGCAGAUUAACUUGUCGGAAGUCCCCGUCAUUAGUUGGAGGUUUCCUCUGAGAUUCGUAUUGGACGUGGAUUGGCAAGUAGUUGCUGGAGAGGAAAGUAAAGAGGUCGAGAUUCAAAAUCAGAGAGAAGUGAGAGUGCUCGAAGCUGUUUAUCCGCGCCCAUCUGCAAUUCCCUCAAACCCUUCCACUUACGAAGAAGACUGUAACUAUGAUGAACAGCAAACUCCUCAAAUACCUGUCACUCCUAUCGAAGACGAGGAUGCAGCAAUUGGAACACCGUUGGGCGUCUUAGCACCAUUCCGUGCCCCCAUUAGUUCACAAGCUGGUUUACCAGCUGCUGCAUCUGCUGCCUUUCCAACGAUUGACCACAACAACGAACGUGGGAACAUGAUUGAUCCUAACUUGCUCGUCAAAAUUCUCAGCAACCCGACAUUGAUAGAGAAAUUAGUUACUGAUUACAGGCCUCCUUUUGACCUGCCACCACCUGUGAACGUUUCCGGUCCAUCUUCCACCCCAUCCUCCGCUGCUACUUCUGAUGGUUCGUUUUAUGCUUGGUCAAAUGGGGUCGGAGUAGCACCCUCAAAUAAACAAGGUCCUAUUCCUGCUGUCGGAGUUCCGCAGAAGAAAGAUGAAAACUAUUACAAGAACUUAAUUCAGCAGCAUGGAGGAGAAAGACCAGGAACGACACAGAGUUUCGAUAGCCGAUACAAUCACCAGCUAAAACCGAACCUAGAAGUAACUAGUAACCCCAAAUCGAGAGAUUCGAAGACAAGGAUAAUGAAGCCGUGUUUGUACUUCAACACUGCCAGAGGAUGCAGGAAUGGAGUCAAUUGUGCUUUCCAACAUGAUACAUUGUCCCAGAAUAACGUUUCGGAUGCUCCGAAUGCUAAGAGAAUGAAAAUGGAUAGAGAGAUAAGCAGUUAGGUAAUAUUAUAUAUAUAUAUAUAUAUUUAUAUGUAUUAAUAAGCUUACCUUUUAUUUCUAAGCUUAGCCUUAUUACCUUUUAUUGUGUUUUUUUCUUAAAAAUGGUAUUUAAAUUUUUAAUUUUAUUUUAUUAAGAAAAAUGAUGUCCUGUAAGAACGCUAUCUGUAAUGUUCUUAUUGCCUGAUAUCAUGUUUUGAGGUAAAAUGAGAUGAAUUGAUAGUCUA